CAGCGUGGUUCAGUUCUGCGAAGCUGGUAACUGUGGAGAGGGGGAAAAACCCGAAGCGCUAAGCGAUGGGGAAAAGAAAUGAGUUGCACAAUUGAAAAAGCCUUAGCAGAUGCGAAAGCACUGGUGGAACGGCUAAGGGAACACGACAACGCAGCAGAAGCGCUUAUCGAACAGACUACAGCUCUUAACAAGCGGGUUGAAGCAAUGAAACAGUACCAAGAAGAAAUUCAAGAGCUCAAUGAAGUAGCAAGACAUCGUCCUCGGUCUACAUUAGUGAUGGGUAUCCAACAAGAAAACAGACAGAUUAGGGAAUUGCAACAGGAAAAUAAAGAACUACGCACAUCUCUUGAAGAACAUCAGUCUGCUUUGGAACUCAUAAUGAGCAAGUACAGAGAACAGAUGUUUAGGUUGCUUAUGGCGAGCAAAAAGGAUGAUCCAAGUAUUAUAAUGAAGUUAAAAGAGCAACAUUCCAAGGAGCUGCAAGUGCAUGUGGACCAAAUUACAGAAAUGGCAGCAGUAAUGAGAAAAGCCAUUGAAAUUGAUGAAAAGCAUGGCUGUAAAGAGCAGGAACGCAUCACUCAGCUAGAGCAAGAAAACAGAGGCUUGAGAGAAAUUCUUCAGAUAACUAGAGAAUCAUUCCUGAACCUCAAGAAAGAAGAUGCAUCAGAGAGUACGUCUCUGUCAGGAUUAGUAACAAGCAGCGAUUUGAGCCUGAGGAAAAGCUAAAGACUCUGGAGAUCAACAAGCUUCAAUUGCACACUUUACAAACAGAGUAUCAGGGGUCACUUGUCAAGCACUUGUUACUGAAUAGGGCACCAGCAAGCUAAUGCAUCUUAAACUCCAGUUUAGUGGCUUUUAUACUGCAUAAAAUAAAUUAAAAUUGGUAUUCUACAAAAACCUUAGUGACAGAUUAAUUGCCAUAGAUCUAACUUCAGUAGGAAAGGGAUUAAUGCACUUAUUGAAUUGGGAAUUAUUUUUAUAUGAAGUAAUUUUACAGGUAAAAGACAGGAUUUCACAUAAUUUAUAUAAGUUAUUGCUCAUACAAAGUUUAAGUGCACCUAUUUAUAUAAUAAAGGUAAGAUUUGAAGUAGUAACUUAUGAAUAUGCUUUGUGCAUGAUCCGCAUUACAUUUUUUCCUUUUAGUAUGUUUAAUAAAUUCUCAUUGUGUAACAAAGCUGCUUAAUGGAAAGGGUACAUAGGCUUUAAGGAUUUCUGUUAUUUAGCCACAGGGUAACCCGUUCAACUAUAAGGCCAAUUAUUUAAACAUAAGCAAUGCUUUUGCAGUUGUUCAAUAUUUAUUUUCUUAAAUUGAAGAAGAGUCUUUAAAGUACAUAUACUUAAUUGCAUUUUCAAAACAUGAGAAGAGCUGCUCCCAGUUUAUUGUUUUUCUGCCUUAGCUUUUACCUUUAUGAGAGAAAACCAGGCUCAGUUCUCUGUAGGUAAGAAGCCACAUUGGUCCCACCUAUUUCUUCUCCCAGUGCCUGCCCAAGCUUCCCAGCUGGGAAAUGGCAGUUUGAAAACACCCAAAUGGCAACAGCAGAAAGAUGGUUGGGGGAAAGAGGGAGAAACUCUAUGGCAAAGUUGGCAGCCUGCAUGCCUGCAAUCAACACUCUUAAUUUUUCCUUCUUAAGUACUAGUCAUCGAGAAGGUUUUUAGGUAAGUUUCAGGUACAUGUUACAUUUGUACUAGGAAACAUUGCAGUGUGCUAUACUGACAAAUAGACCACUUGCUUUUAAUCCUGACAUACAGGUAGAAAUGAAAAGGAAUUGGAAAAGUGCAGCUUAUAUCAUAACACAGAUACAAUGGAAGUGCCUCACAAGACAGGCUUGUAGUAGAGAGGUGCCAAAAUAAUUCCUAUUUGGCUUUUGCUUGUCAGGUUACCACUUCUUGGUCAAGGCAGCAGGAACAUCCCUGGUAUUGAUGUGUAUCAUCACUUUUUGUCCAGCAUGUUAAUAUAUCCUUUACUUGGAAAGUGUACUCAAAGCAGCAGAGUGAAAGCUUGCAACCACAGAAAAUUGUAGAUCUACAAAUGCCACCCAGAAUUGAAUAUUUUGGCUGUUUAAUAACUCACCUAGGAAAAAAAGUUGAACUCCUACUCUGAAAUCAACUAUUACUUAAUCAAAUUUGAUUUUCAGUUGCAACAACACAAGAAGAAUUAAGCAUCAGGCACUUCUAAGUGUGGCAGCUUUAAACACAGCUUCCUUUGACUCAGUACAGCUUCCCUGGGCUGAGGGUUAAAUGCACCACAGAUCUAAGGGUAAGCUUUCAGUUCCCAGUGACCUAAUUUAUAGGGAGGUAAAUAUUUUUGUUCUGUUGCUGUCAGUUGCUGCCUUCCUUCCCAUAGUGCUUUUAAGAGAAAAGUGACAUGGUGAGAAAGAGGGGUGUUUAGCAGAGACAAUAAAUGCUUGUUUCCAAUUCACUAGUACAUAUACCAGGAAAUUCAGUUGAAGAGUGUGGAAAGGACAGAUAAAUCAAGCUCUCCAAAUUUUCACAGCAUUUUUUAUAAAUGGAGAAGCUGCUACUUCUCUUUCUAGAGCAUCUUAGCUUGUUUCUAGGUUUAAGAAUAUAUCGAAGAUGUUCAUGUGCAUGGAAAAAAGUUUUAACCAUUUCCAAACUUGCUAAACUUGUGGGGGGAAUAUUUUAGCUCAAGCACAAAAUACACUUGUCUGCUAUUAUUAUCUGUAAAAACUUUGCCAGUGCUUCUAUUAUUUAGAUUUUGCAUUUCUACUGUAGCUUGCAAGCUGGUGACUUACCAGAAGCAGUAUCUUUUUUUUAACGGAGUGUGGUUUGUUGUUGCAAGCUUCCCAGAAGUUUUGGGUUCAGUUGAUUAAGUCAUUCUUUCUAAAUGUGUUUUUUCAGCCAUUGAUUGGUAUCAGAGGCAUUUGUAUCCAUCUAAUGCUGAAGGCAGUUUCUUGGCUGACUUUCUGGUUUGUCUUUCAAAUACAGUCUCCAGAGCUGGAUAGCAGAGAAGGGUUGUUAGUCUGUGGCAGUUCUUUAAGGUUGCUCUAUUACGAAAUAAUGCUUGAUUAGUGUUUAUUUUUGUAAAUUAAAGAAAUGUGACUUAAUUUAUCUACUCCUACUCUUCACGUUUGAUACGUCUCCCCUGUCAUUCCCCUGACCUGAUCACUUUAGGAUUUUAAAGAACCUUCACCGUGUGUGGAGUGACUAUUUUUCAUUGCAUACCUGUUAUUUUUGUAAUGCAGAUGGCUUGAAAAGAAUUUACGGCUAGAAUUGUGUACUGUACAGUAAACUUAUUUUAUCAAUAAAGUUGACUGAAAAUA